AACCCACGGGCAACAGGUCGCUACCCGGUUGUCUCUCAUAUGAAUCGAUAAAAUGUAGGCCUAUUUCAUUCACUGGGCCUAAACGACAACGUUGUCUAGAAAACUAGGGACCUAUUCGUCCUACCCAACGGGGGCGGUCAGUUUUGAAGUAUUCCAAGUUAAAUAAUAUUUGCCCCGAGGAAUUCCGCGUUUCCAUUGCCAAAGAUAUAAUCAUGUAUGGAUGCAGAGGAACACAUUGUUGUCGUUGUUUUAGCUUUGCCCUAUAUGCUGUAAGUCUUUUAUACUAUUUAUUUAUUUAUUUGGCUGUUGUUUCACGCUGUAACCAAGAAUAUUUCACUUACAUGACGACGACCAGCAUUAUGGUGGGAGGAAACCGGGCAGGGCCCGUGGGAAACCCACGACAAUUCGCAGGUUGCUGGCAGGCCUUCUCACGUACUUUAUACUAUUGUAUUCCUGCACAAAUCAGGAUCUGAGUAAUUCUUGACCAGUGACGUCCAAUAAAUUGCUAUUUAUAUCACUGCACUUUUUUUCUUUUGUACCGAAUUUUGAUUAAUUCAUGAGGAUAGGAGCUAUCGCCGCUGUUUUAGUAUUUACAUGAACUCUUAGAAUAGUUCCCUUUGUGAAGUAGAUUAAAAAUAGGCCGUGUUUCAUCGGUUGCGUGUGAUCAUUUGCCGACUGUCUGAGUGUCGUCGCUUCUCUUGACUUUACUCUCUUGGCUGUAAUUCUUUUAUAGUCUUCAUAUCAAUGCUUAAACUGAUUAUUCUAUAAUACAGUCUGGCAAGUGUGUUCUGCUUGAGGCAAUGGACAUGAAGGAGACACCACUUGUGGCCUAUCUUCUUAAAGAGGGAGCAGUGUUACCAACUUUAGCCCAGAAUAAUUCCAACAAGGGAGUCGUAACAAGUUAUCUGCGCGGCCUAACAAAGGACGAUACAGCCCUAAUAGAGGUAAUCCUUGAAGGCCUGUCCGGCGAAGAAAGAAAUGAAGUAAUCGAAAAUGCACAUCUGUCGGAUUAUCUGUCUCCAGAAGCAAUGGCUCAAAUACGGUCUGCACCCGGCACUGUGCUUAGCCUAGAAAAGCACUGCCGAAAAGCAAUCCGACGAUCUCUCAACAUGGCUGCUCACAGACGAGGGAUGUCGGCAUCCAUCAGACAGCUAUCACUACUUCCAAAACAUGUGCAGGGCUUCUUGAUGAUGAAUGAAGUCCAGUAUAAUCUUGCUAGAGUAUAUGGGUAUGGUUAUUAUGACGAUGAUGAUGACUAUGACGAUUAUAAUGACUCUAGCUAUGACGAUUAUGAAGAUGAUACUGAUAGUGAAUGGUACUGAUGCCCAACAUUUAUACAUUUGUAAACACACGGACAUACUUUGGGCAGAGCAUUAACUCUACCCCUACAGCCUACAUGAGUCACGUCAGGUGGCAAAAUAUUCCUUGCUCUAGACCAGAUUAUUGUGAAAUGAUCGAAGUGAAACACGGGCGUGUGUAUAAAAGUAAAGUAGCUUUAACAUUUUAUCCGAUCUUUUAUCGAUAAUACUGCUUUGGAAAACUGGAGAGAUUGGCUAAAGACACUCAGGUUGUUAAAUUGUAAAUAUCAUAUCACUUAUAAUCAACAACAUCUGUCGAUACUUUUAGAUCUUGCAUGCGUGUAAGCACAGAGUUUCGAAGGUUUUAGGUAUUGCAGUAUAUAUACAUCACGUGUCCCAUGUUACUUAGCAUUAAUUAGAAUAUCAUAACUGGCAAGUAGAUAGUUUUGUUCACGUAACGACGAAUGAAACCAACGAAUACCGUUAUUAUAUUGUACACCACGUGUCGGUAGUUUGUUCUGUAGGUAUUAACACUUAUUAUGCAGGUAAAACCAGUAAUUACUACAUUAUCAAUGAUUUUUCUUUUAUUUGAUUUCAAAGUCAUGCAAAAAAUGACGUUAAUUACAUGCUAGUAUGUUUACGUUCUGCUAAGAGCUAGCUGCGUUAUACAUGAAUUAGCGAUAGCGAUAAAUCGUUAAUUUGGACCCCAUAGCAUACUGCCCAUUUUGUACGAUACAGUAAAUGUUAACUAACGCAAAGUGUUUACAUGUAAGUCCGAGAAAAAUCUUGUUUGAAAAUAUAUGUUUCCUAUGACGCAUGUUCUAAAUAUCUGGAGAAUCGUGCAACAAUAAAUGCGUUCCGCUUCAAAAAAGUAGCUAAGCCAAGACUAGGAAACGUUUGCUUGCCCACCGUUUAUUCACAGAAAAGAUGAAUCCAUAAGCUUAAAACACAAUAGAAGUUACUCUAUAUAUUUAAUAUCUGGUUACUUCUAUUUCAUUACAAAACUGAAGCAAUAAUUAAAAUGAGAUCAAAGCGCAAUUUUGUGCCAUAACAACAGAUAUGAAAGGGAUUUAAAUCAACUGAGCAGAAGAUUGUAAAUGUCAUAAAGCAUAAAAGGGACCGAUGUAAACUGGCUAUAUAUAAUGAUGUAUACAUAGUUUUAUAGAAAGGUAUAUAACGUUUUGUGAGCGAAAAUUACUGAAAAAAGUGUUUAUUCUUCACAUUACUAGAAGUCGAUGUUUUGUGUCAGUAAAGUCACACGACUGAAUUGCGUGCAGUCAGCGUGUUUUCAUGUCUACAUCGUAAAUUAUAGACGUGCAGUUAAAUGCAGCUGUGUAACACAAAUUUGCAACAUGUAUUCCUGUUACUAUUUUCACGACAUGAAUAUUUUGCAUGGAAAAUAAAAUCCACAAACUUUAAGAA